CAGGCUGGUUCCAUGCGGGCUAGAGAAAAAAAAAAUUGAGUAUAAUAUGCACCUUAUGUGAAACUUGGCGGCGCGGCGGCGUUGAAACAUCAAACAUAAUGUAUGCAUAUAAUACCACACAAAGUUUUACCAAUUCAUUUUAUUUUUUGACUUAGUUUUACAUGCUUAAAGUCAGCCAUUUGGCUGUCCUAGGCUCCAAAUAUUGUUGCCCUAGGUGGAUUUGAUUUUGGCGGCGUAUGUCCAGCAGUGGAAUAAUAUUGGGCUGAUGAUAUUGAGGCGGAUUUGAUAGUUAUAAAAUCCGCACAUGUCACACCAUAAAAUACAUGUAUAAAAGUAUUGUUUUUAGUAUUUACUAGUAUAAUUUACGCUAUUCAUAUAACCCUGAUUUGUGUUUCAAAAUGUUAUCUCAGUGAAUGGUAAAAUUUCUAAACGUUUCAUGAUCAAUCACCAAUCGUUAUCAAAGCGUAAACGUCAAAAUCAUAUUGUUGUUGUCAGUUGUCAAAGUUUGGCGAGUUUGGCAGGUCGAGUGUUGACUAUAUACAACAAUGACGGCAGAGACCAGCGAAAAUAAUAUAACGAGAACAUUCAAGUACUCGUUCCCGACAUGCACCAACGAGGAGCUGCUCUUCAAGCUGGAGGUGCCCGUAGAGAUCCCGCACCAGGGAUCCACGCGCGAGCUCGUGCAGCGGGUCCUCAACAUGUUUCACAUUCCCGUUUACUUAGAGGAAGAAUUAAACGAAAAAUUAGCAAAAUUUGUAUCGGAAGAAACUAAGAACUUUCACAAUGAUAGAGAUAUGAAACUACUCAACAAACUAAAGAACAGUGAAAUUAAUGUGGAAGGCAUUGUCAAAGGCUGGGAAAAGUUGUUCAAGGAACAUGUUAUGGAGUUUGCUGAGCAGAAGGGCACCUCAGAUGAGGAAGUAUUUGCUGCAGCAUACCACAAGCUGGUGCACAGCCCUGCACUGGAAACCAUCCUACAAGUGGAAAACUCAUAUGCCAAAACUGUAAUGAACACAUUAAAGAACAGGGAUGAGGAUAUUAAGAAGCUCACACAAAAGCAGACAGAGGAGAUGGAGGAGAAGGUCCGGCUGUUGAACACAUCGACAACAGAGCAAGAGAUCAACGAGCUGGCGACACAGCAGUUCGAGCAGCAGGCGCUGGUGGCGGGCCGCUGGGGCUCGCAGCUGGACGCGCUCCGCCAGACGCAGCGCGCGCAACACCGCGCCUGGCUCAUGACCACACUCGAGGAGUACCAGAGCACCUCCGCGCUCAACACGCCCAGCAACUCUCCGCUGGCGACGUUCUCGGGUGUCGCGGCGGCGCCGGCGGCCGCGGCUUUGGGCGGCGAGCGCCUGGAGGAGAGCUUCACCAUCCACCUGGGCAGCCAGCUGAAGCAGACGCACAACAUCCGGCUCGUGGCCAUGGACCUGCUGGAGCUGUGCACGCUGUCGGACGCGGACAGCGGCGUGGCGGCGUCGCGGCGCCUGCAGACGUCGCUGUCGCUGUACGGCGGCGAGCUGGCGGGCGCCGUGCUGCUGGCCGAGGCGCCGCCCGCGCGCCCCGCGCCGCCCACCACGCUGCUGCUGCGCGCCGCCGCCGCCAGCACCGAGCACCACUUCCCCGACGCCGAGCGCCAGCUGCGCGACAUCGCCGAGCGCCUGCACGACCCGGUGGAGCGGCGCAACACGCAGCGGCUGAAGGAGCAGUCCGAGGGCGGCAGCGUUGGCGCCGGCGGUAACGGCUCGCGCUGCCGCAACAAGCGCAGCUUACAGACCGGCGACAUCUUUAUCACCAAACACAGCAAUCUCGCCGACGUGCACGUCAUUUUUCACCUCAUCGUGGACGACUCCGAACUGAGAUCUGGCGACAUAACGUCCCGGCACCCCGCGAUCCUCGGGCUCCGGAACAUCCUGAAGGCGGCGUGCAGCAACGACAUCACCAGCAUCUCGAUCCCGCUGCUGCUGCGCCACGAGAUGAGCGAGGAGAUGACGGCGGCGUGGUGCGUGCGGCGCGCGGAGCUGGUGCUGAAGUGCGUGAAGGGCUUCGUGCUGGAGGCGGCGGGCUGGGGCGGCGCGGAGCUGCGCACGCUGCACUUCGCGCUGCCGCCGGGCGCCGCGCCCGCGCUGUUCGCCGCGCUGGCGCACCUGCUGCCCAACAUCUUCCGCAUCUCCAACCCCGUCAAGGUCAAGCAGCACGCCUGACCACAUCAGCUUUAGUACCCGAGGAAUUCCCUUAUCUUUAUGUCUAUUAAAUAUUGUUCUAAUACGUCGA